AUCAAACAUACAAUCUCUUUGAUCAUUGAGUGUCUCUCCAUCGGAUGGCGACGGCAUUCGUAGCAAUCUCCUAACUCUACUUUAUCUUCUCUCUACAAUCACACGCAUUUCAAAUUCUGAGCUACUCUAUGAUAUAAUCCCUUCCUUUUUCCGUAUCAUAGUAUUUUUCUGUUGAAAUUUGUUUCUGAUUCUUAUGCAUCUGGGGCUUGUAGUGAUCGAUCUUCACAAGGAGACGGAAUUGGGAAGGAAUCCAAUUUGUAUGGAGCAAAAUCAAGUUAUUAUUGAAGAGGCAACUUCAGUGUAUUCUGUUUGAGUUUAUUGAAUCGUAGGCUUUUCCUUAGAUUUGAGUUGAGCGACUCUUUUCAUCAUAAUGGGAACCUCACAUCGCAGUGGGGUCUUAAGGAGAUCAAAUGACACUGCGCGACUUCUAUUAACAACAAUCAUGGGAAUGGUCCUGGGAUAUUUUAUAGGUGCUUCGUUUCCAUCUGUUUACUUAAGUAAGAUUAAUCUACCUUCAAGUUUAAUGACAUCUCUAGACAUAGCAUUCACAGAAUAUCCUCAUAGUUCUACUAAUAGAAGUUUUCCAGAAAAUCAUGGUACCAGAAGUAGUCAUUCGACACCUAAGAUAUAUGUUCCUACAAAUCCCCGUGGUGCGGAGUCUUUGCCACCAGGAAUUGUUGUCUCAGAAUCCGACUUAUAUUUACGGAGAUUAUGGGGUGACCCUAAAGAGGAUCUGAAAAGAAAACCAAAGUACCUAGUGACGUUUACAGUUGGUUUUGAACAGAUGUACCAUAUUGAUGCAGCAGUGAAAAAGUUCUCUGAGGAUUUUCAAAUACUGCUUUUUCAUUAUGAUGGUCGAGCCAGUGAAUGGGAUCAGUUAGAGUGGUCACAUCAAGCCAUACAUGUCAGUGCAAGGAAACAAACAAAGUGGUGGUAUGCAAAGAGGUUUUUACAUCCAAAUGUUGUAUCAGCUUAUGAUUACAUUUUCAUUUGGGAUGAAGAUCUUGGAGUUGAACACUUCAAUGCUGAUAAGUAUAUUCUGUUAGUUAAAAAACAUGGAUUAGAGAUCUCCCAACCAGGUCUUGAACCCAACAAUGGACUUACAUGGCAGAUGACUAAGAGGAGAGGUGACAGAGAAGUUCACAAGGAUACCGAGGAGAAACCAGGGUGGUGCAGUGAUCCUCUCUUGCCUCCAUGUGCAGCCUUCGUAGAAAUCAUGGCUCCAGUAUUUUCACGUGAAGCUUGGAAAUGUGUUUGGCAUAUGAUUCAGAAUGAUUUGGUACAUGGAUGGGGAUUGGAUUUUGCAUUAAGAAGAUGUGUUGAUCCUGCACAUGAAAAAAUUGGUGUCGUUGACUCACAAUGGAUUGUUCAUCAAGUGAUUCCAUCACUUGGAAAUCAGGGAGAGUCUGAUGAUGGAAAAGCUCCAUGGCAAGGGGUACGAGAGAGAUGCAGAAAUGAGUGGAGGGUUUUUCAGGAUCGGCUUUCUACUGCAGACAAGUCAUACUUACUCCCAGGUGUAGGAUAAUGCGACGGCCAGCCAGCCCUGCCCUAUUGUGUGUAUAUCGCAUGUCAUUUUCCUUUACUUUCCUAUCAUCUCAGAUUCUCGAGUGCUGUUUUGUAGUCUAAUUCUUUCUGUGGGAUGCAGCUUUUCACAAGGCGUAGAUUGCCCACAUUAAGAUUAGUGUAAAAUAACCAUUAGAAUUAGAUGAUGUUUAAGAGCGCGUGUUGGGAGCAGGUAUGUAGAAUUGUUUACCUGAAUCUUUUCCAAGUGCUAUUCUAUGUUUCUGUUCCAGUGAUCGAUAUUAAACCAGGGGUUGAUCC